AAAGAAAAACAAAGUGAAGCAAGAAAAACAAUCUGUAUAGGUUCUUAAGAUUGAUAUAUUUCUUGACUCCUCCCGACGUGACGAAAUGAUUUAUAACACUCCACAAUUUAGGCGUGUUACAUUUCAGUAACACUCCACAAUUUAUUGGUAAAUAUUCUAUAUAUGAAAAACCAACAAACUUAAGUUUGUUUUAACCUUCUUUGCAAAAGGGUUUGCCUUGCCAUUGGUUUUACUUGAUAUUGACGUGUUUGUCAUAUUUUAUAUAAAUUAUAACCAAAUAUAACCCUAGAUUAUUUUGGCAGUAAAAUUCCGGUAGAAUUAUUCUAUAAGCUUUUAGUUCACCACAACUUUGACAACCACGACCUUAACGACUGUUCCCAGUUGGUUAACAUCCGUACAUGAAUCAAGAGUUAGGCCAAUAGCAUGAAUAACUAGAUUUAUUACUUGAUAUAAUUACAUUUCAGUGUCAUAUGUAUGAACUAGACGUCGACAUACACACACAUAUAUACACAUUUUAGAAAUAACAUGCUUCAAAUUGUGAUUGGCUGAUUGUCAUUUAUAUAUUUGUAUAGAACCAAUAGGCGUGAUUGCAUAUGUUUUUCUUUUGCUUUCGCAUGUUCUACCAACAAUAGGAUCAUCUUGAAUAUUAUCGUUUAUGCCGCUCUAAUUGCAAUAUAAAAAAAACAUAACACGAAAAAAAUAUCUAGAAGCAUAAUGUUGUAUCUACCAUAUUAAACAAAACAACUAUUUUCUUCCACAUCAAUCACACUACAGAUCUCAAGUUUUAAUAGCCACAAGUUUUAUUUACCUAAUAUGAUUGGUUUCACGAAGUCGUAUAAACCGAAUAUUUAUAUGUAGAAUGUUCUAUCCACUUACUUUAGAGAUAACAUGAUACCCAAUUGUUAAUCCGAAUCAAACCGGAAUAAUUAACACCAACGUCAUUAAAAUAAAAUUUAAUAACAAAUAUAGAAAAACAAAACAAAAGGAAGAAAUGAGAAAACACUGAUCACAAUUCCGAAUAUUAUGAUAUAAAUACAAAGAACCUCUUACCACUUGGUUCCCAGGAAAAGCACAUUCUAUAAGUGUUUUCUCUCUCUCUAUUCCUCGCUCAUUUCUCUUAUAUACAAACACUAACUUUUGAUAUUUUUAACCUCAAGGAUCAUAAAAUAACACCAAAGUUUUGUUUCAUUUUCUUGUCUUGAAACCUAACAAAGCAAAUCGAGAUGGGACUAAGGAUGUCAGAAUCAGCUAAACCUUACUUUGCAAUGGUCUGUCUUCAGUUUGGAUACGCCGGUAUGAACCUGCUCACUAAAACCGUCCUUGACCGCGGUAUGAGCCAUUACGUUCUUGUUGCAUACCGCAACGCUUUUGCCACAGCCGCGAUCGCACCUUUCGCAUUUCUUUCUGAAAGGAAAGUGAGGUCAAAGAUGACAUUUUCGAUAUUCAUGCACAUAUUUGUUCUUGCUCUUCUCGGGCCUGUAAUUGAUCAGAAUCUAUAUUACAUCGGUCUGAAACUCACAUCUCCGACGUUUUCCUCCGCCGUCAGCAACAUCGUGCCCGCAAUAACCUUUAUCCUCGCCACUCUAUUCAGGAUGGAGAAAGUGGAGAUGAAAAAAGUAAGAUGCCAAGUAAAAGUAGUGGGGACUUUAGUGACAGUGGUUGGAUCCAUAUUGAUGAUAUUAUACAAAGGUCCUUUCAUCAAUUUCUUCCGAUCUCACCUCACCACCACCGCCACCGCAUCUUCGCCGCUGGCCGGUGAUUAUUUUAAAGCCGCCGUCUUCCUCCUUCUCGCUUCCCUCUCAUGGGCUUCCUUCUUCAUUCUCCAGGCAUGGACUUUGAAGAAAUACGCAGCCCAUCUCUCGUUAUCAACCAUGGUGUGUUUCAUGGGAACGUUACAAUCCUUAGCCCUGGCCUUCGUAAUGGAACACAAUCCUUCUGCUUUGAACAUCAGUUUUGACAUGAACCUUCUAGCUUCUGCCUAUGCGGGAAUAAUGUCGUCGAGCAUAGCUUACUACGUUCAAGGACUUAUGAUGCAGAGAAAGGGACCUGUCUUCGUCACUGCUUUUAACCCUCUUGUUGUCGUCAUUGUCUCCAUAAUGAGCUUCUUCGUUCUCGGCCAAGGAAUCUACCUAGGAGGGGUUAUUGGACUGGUUGUUUUAAUGGUGGGAGUCUACGCCGUGUUAUGGGGCAAACACGUAGACGAUGAUGACAAAGAAACACGCUGUGAAGAUAACAUUUUAGUUGCCGUUAAGUGUUGUAGUGUCAAUAGUGAUCUCUCGAUGAUGCCAACAAUCGAUGAAGUUGAUGAGGAUGUUGAAAGGGGUAAAGUUCAGGCGGUUGAGAAGGAAACGUCGCUGGUGGUUGUGGUUUUUUGCCGUGAAAAUGUGGAUAACGUUUCACGAUGCUAAUUAGAUGGUUUUUUGUUUUUGUUUGAGGCAAAGUUGGGAAGAAGAGUAACUUGUUUUUGAUACUUGUAAGUUUGAAUUCCUUCCCCUGCUUCAAAAGUCCUAUUUAUAGUUUUGACUUCUUAGAGUAACUAAGGAUUCUAUGUACCAUCCAUUUUGAUCGUUAACUAGCUAUAAGCUUUGUAAAUCACUGCAUUUGGUAUUCACACGCUCUACUACAUAUCAUUAUAUUGUGGGUUAGUGAAGGUAGAUAUCAAAUUGUAUUUCUUAUUUUUCCUA